UAUUUCAUCCAAGGACUGUCUUUGGAUUCCGAUAUUCUCUUGGUAAUCAUGCAAACUCGUUUAUUUCCAGUUGGCUGAGUAGCAGUUAAUCACCAUGUCGUCUGAGUCUGACACCAUUGAACGGCUGGUGGACCAGCGGUUCGACUCGGGCCCCUCUCUGUCGUUCCCCUGUGGCGACCCGGACCCGGGGGCCGAGGGGGACGCAUCUACUGACCAGUCGGCGCCGCUGCCGUGUCUCUGUUGUUCCGCCGAGUUCCCGUCCUCCGACCGGGACGCGCUCUCCGCCCACCUGCUGUCCGAGCACUGUCUGGUCGUGGCCGACCUGGCCCUGGUGGCCGACCUCGACCAGUACUGCCGGUACUGGGCACCUCGACUGUGUGCCGACGGCGGCCUCCGAGAGUACUGCUUCACCGUGCUCACCAACACGGGUCCCAGCGACGCGGCGCCCUCCGAGGAGUACUUCCUGCUGUCGCCCAAGCUUGACGAGGACCGGCUGCUGCGCGAGCGGCUGCAGCGCGCCCGCCUGGAGCGCGUCCUUGCCCGGCAGCAGCGCGAACGUACGAUGACGUUCAGUCGCGGCUGUCUGUUCUGUCGGCUGCAGUACUCCGGCAGGCUGGCCGGCUUCUUCGACCACCUGGCCGAGGCGCACAACUUUAGCGUCGGCCGGCCAGACAACAUCGUCUUUGGGCCCGAGUUCAUCGACGCCAUCGAGGCCAAACUGGAGGCGCUGCGGUGCCUCUUCUGUGACGGCGUCUUUCCCGACCGCGCCACGCUCAAAGAACACAUGCGCAAGAAGCAGCACAAGAAGAUCAACCCGGCGCACACGGCGUUCGACAAGUUCUACGUCAUCAACUACCUCGAGUUCGGCAAGGGCUGGCAGGAGAUUCAGCAGGAGCGUGACGAGGGCCCUCCGACCGGUUUCGACGAGCCGGGCUCUGACGACGACUGGUCCGAUUGGACGGAGGCCCCCUCAUCCGGCGCCGUCUGCCUCUUCUGCGAGUUCUCCACAAUCGACGUGGACGCACUCUCCGCACACAUGCGUGCAGAGCACCAGUUUGACUUCCCCGAGCUCAAGUCGCGCCUCCGGCUCUCGUUCUACCAGCAGGUGAAGCUCGUCAACUACAUUCGUCGGCAGAUGGUGGAGCGCGCGUGUCUCUUCUGUCAGGAGACACUCCCGACUCGCGCGACUCUCCUAGAGCAUCUCCGCGCGGCCGACCACCUGCGGGUACCCGAACCUUCAAUCUGGGACCAGCCGCAGUACUUUUUCCCCACGUAUGAGAACGACUCACUGCUGUACGCCCUGGAGGAAGCGGAAGGCGUAGACGAUGAUGUGCCCGUGUUCCCUGAGGACGCAGUCGAUGUUCGGCAGUCGGUACUGGCAGACAGCGCUGUCAGACAGGAGCUCGGAGGUCACGCGUGACGCGGUGUGACGCUUAGUGCUAAAUCGUGACGGCUUGUGGCGCCUCUGUGACGAUGGCGUGGAGGGUAUACACGGUGCAAUCAACGGAGUGACUUGAUAUAGGCGAGCUGUGAAACUUGAUGAAAUGUGUCUGCAGCAGAGAACCGAAGUUUGCGUUGCGAUCAGCAGUCGACACGCACUAAAACCUCAGACGGAUAAACGUGGUGAGUACAUAUUGUGAUGAGCCUGGGUGCUUUGGGCGGGAAGGACGCGUUUCAAGUAUUUCCACCUCCAAAUAAGUCUGCCGUUCUUGUGCUAUUGGGAGCUGAUGCAACCUAGCACAGCCUCUCUUGCCAUCCCUGUGUGAAAAUGUUAAACAGCAGCGUAGCGUUUCAACAAGACCAAUGCUUAUUACAUAUUGCUCAGGUGUAUGCGUUGACGUCCAGUAAUAGGGAGGUGGCACUCCAAAUUUAAAGUAUUGUAAUACUGAAAAGGGUUAUUAUUCGGAGGCAUAAUUAUCGAUGCCCCGCUUAGUGCUUGCUUUCGAAGGACUCAUGUUAUGUGUGUGGUUUUAUGCCGUUAAUGAUUAGCGAUGUUCUGUUUUGACUGUAUCUGCAGUGGUUUUGUUGACUUACCUUCCGUGUUCCACUUCCACGCGUUACGAUGUGCAGCCAAAUGAUAGACCGCAACACUGCUUCAACAUUUACGCACUCCGGUUUUAUAACAAAUUUGUGCAGCUCGACCGGGUUGGGCCGGUGCGCAGUCUGUGCGCAUGUUUUUGUGAAUUUGCUAAAGUGCUUUGCAAACGGGUUUUGAGUUAAGAUUGUCCCAAACCUGCGGCUGACCGCACAAUCGAACGAUAAAGGCUAUAUCGCAUGCCCCAAUAUUGUGUGGUAUCUUGCGGUAAAUGCCAUUCUCUAUUCUGUCUGGGCUCGCAUUUGGUUUUCACUAGCAAAAGCUUCCAACUGUUUGUGUAUAUUUAUACCCUGGCUGAAUGUCAAGGAAAAUA